AUGUGUACAAGUAGGCAUUGCUAACAUUGAUGGAAUUGAUAGAUUGAUUGAUAGAAGGUUGAUGGAACGUUGCUGGUGGAGCGAGGAACAUUUAUGGGGUUGCUGUGGUAGAUGGUAGUUUGGGGCUAGGCGCACUUGUGAUAUUUAGUCUCAAAUAGAGAUGGAGAGGGAAGAAGAACCCCAAGUUAAAGAGAAGGAGAACUCCAAAACCCCAGGUGAGUAACAACAAGAGAAAACAGAUUGUUAUCAUUUGGGCCGGUUUCCAGUGCUCAGAUUAAGCCUAGUCCUGGACUAAAGCAUGCUCAAUGGAGAAUAUUCUCCAUCUGGGUCUGGGAAACCAUCCGUUUGGGUAGAAAAGGAGGUGAUAAAAUGUUUCAGGGAAGGUGUGUGUGUGUUUUUGGUUUUACUAUCCUUGUGGGGACCAGAAGUUCUCACAAGGAUACUUCGGACAAGUUUCGCCGGUCCUCACAAGGAAAAAUGCAAUUUUAGGCUUAGGGGUUAGGUUUAGGGUUAGAAGUUAGGGUUGGGGAAAAUAGGAUUUUAAAUGGGAAUCAAUUGUUUGGUCCCCACAAGGAUAGUAAAACAAACGUGUGUGAGCGUGCGUGUGUGGUUGCAUGCUACAUCCUCCCAGUCAGUGAAGGAUCAGUGAACCUCCUGAAAUCAUCCUCCAUUUUGCGUGUUGGUGUGUGCCAUUAGUGAAACAUAUACACUACCAGUCAAACGAUUGGACACACCUACUCAUUCAAGGGUUUUUCUUUAUGUUUACUAUUUUUUACAUUGUAGAAUAAUAGUGAAGACAUCAAAACUAUGAAAUAACACAUAUGGAAUCAUGUAGUAACCAAAACAGUGUUAAACAAAUCAAAAUAGAUUUUAUAUUUGAGAUUCUUCAAAUAGCCACCGUUUGCCUUGAUGACAGCUUUGCACACUCUUGGCAUUCUCUCAACCAGCAUCAUGAGGUAGUCACCUGGAAUGCAUUUCAAUUAACAGGUGUGCCUUCUUUAAAGUUAAUUUGUGGAAUUUAUUUCCUUCUUAAUGCGUUUGAGCCAAUCAGUUGUGUUGUGACAAGGUAGGGGGGGUAUACAGAAGAUAGCCCUAUUUGGUAAAAGACCAAGUCCAUAUUAUGGCAAGAACAGCUCUAAUAAGCAAAGAGAAACGACAGACCAUCAUUACUUUAAGACAUGAAGGUCAGUCAACACGGAACAUUUCAAGAACUCUUCAAGUGCAGUCGCAAAAAACAUCAAGCGCUAUGAUGAAACUGGCUCUUAUGAGGACCACCACAGGAAUGGAAGACCCAGAGUUACGUCUGCUGCAGAGGAUAAGUUCAUUAGAGUUACCAGCCUAAGAAAUUGCAGCCCAAAUAAAUGCUUCACAGAGUUCAAGCUACAGACACAUCUCAACAUCAACUGUUCAGAGGGGACUGUGUGAAUCAGGCCUUCAUGGUUGAAUUGCUGCAAAGAAACCACUACCAAAGGACACCAAUAAGAAGAAGAGACCUGCUUGGGCCAGGAAACACGAGCAAUGGAUAUUAGACCGGUGGAAAUGUGUCCUUUGGUCUGGAGUCCAAAUUUGAGAUUUUUGGUUCCAUCCGCCGUGUCUUUCUGAGACGCGUUGUGGGUGAACGGAUGAUCUCCGCAUGUGUAGUUCCCACCGUAAAGCAUGGAGGAGGAGGUGUUACGGUGUGGGGGUGCUUUGCUGGUGACGCUGUCUGUGAUUUAUUUAGAAUUCAAGACACAAUUAACCAGCAUGGCUACCACAACAUUCUGCUGCGAUACGCCAUCCCGUCUGGUUUGGGCUUAGUGGGACUAUCAUUUGUUUUUCAACAGGACAAUAACCCAACACACCUCCAGGCUGUGUAAGGGCUAUUUUACCAAGAAGGAGAGGGAUGGAGGUGCUGCAUCAGAUGACCUGGCCUCCACAAUACCCCGACCUCAACCCAAUUGAGAUGGUUUGGGAUGAGUCGGAUGACAGAGUGAAGGAAAAGCAGCCAACAAGUGCUAAGCAAAUGUGGAAACUCCUUGAAGAGUAUUGGAAAAGCAUUCCAGGUGAAGCUGGUUGAGAGAACGUCAAGAGUGUGCAAAGCUGUCAUCAAGGCAAAGGGUGGCUAUUUGAGGAAUCUCAAAUAUAAAAUAUAUUUUGAUUUGUUUAACACUUUUUUUGGUUACUACAUGAUUCCAUAUGUGUUAUUUCAUAGUUUGGAUGUCUUCACUAUUAUUCUACAAUGUAGAAAAUAAUAAAAAUAAGGAAAAGCCUUGAAUGAGUAGAUGUGUCCAAACUUUUGACUGGUACUAUAUAUUUUUUUUUAUUAAGCUCUUGAAACCAUCAAGUCAGGGACGUCAGUCUCCAUCAUUUAAGAUAAAAUAUUUUGAAGGAAAACAAAUACUAUUUGAACCCACUCUCGAUCUCCCUCUAGAACUCUGACAUGCACAGUAGGCUAUAGGGCCCUGCUUUCUGUUAGACUAAGGGCUCGAUUCAAUCCGUAUUGCCGAAGUUCAGCACUAUAGCUCGCUUAAUAUUUCAAGGUCAUUUCUGAUUGAGCCGACAUAUGCAGCUUUUACUGUGAAUGCAGUCUCCCCUAACGCGGGAACAUUGCUUUGACAUUUAAUUUGCGCUAUAGAGCUGAACUUCGCUAGAGCUUGGUUGUGUACAGUUCUACUAUCUCUUAACUCUCUUCUACUGCCGGUUGAACAGAACUCUGCUAAGGUGAAAAACAAGGACUUUGUGUCUUCUGAGCAAAACAUGACACACCUCACAAGCAGGAUGUGGUUGACCUAAAUGGAGACAGCGAGAGAGAGAGAGAGAGAGAGAGGAGAGAUUAAUAAAAGAGUCUGUUAACACUGGGAGUUGAGUGUUUUGUUAACUGCCCUGAAAGUGAAACACAGUCAGCUUCAACUGUAACAGGUUCCUAUAGGUUUUUAGCCUCAUAUGCAGUCUCAGCACAUGAUGCUAGCCCACAAACGUCUGUUGAGAGAGACUACAGUAUUAGGUUGUAGUUCACUCAGGGUUAAUGUACCAUCAUUCAGUUUUGGGUGUCAUCAACCUGUAUUUUCCCUAGCCAAGUCAUGUACUGUCAAUGCAUAGCCUGGUUAAACCAGACUGAACGCUGCACUCAGUAGUGAGCACAGCAUUCAGUCUGGCCUAACCAGGCUAGGAAAUUCAUUCCAUCAUCUAUGUAUCAAAUGAACAGAACCCCUUUGUUGGAGUUGCAUUUCUCUUUUUCUCAGUUCAUUUGCAUUCCUUCCCAUAUUAGAUGUUAUAUAAAAAGCAAAUAUGCUUGUCUGUCUGUCGUUCACACAAAGUUUACAACCAUUCUGAGCCAUCUCAGCAGUACUUAGUGUGUUUUAAUGGGUGACCGACAGUGAUAUACGUUUUUCACCAGAGGCUGGGGAAUUACAACUAAUGCCUUUUACACAAACAUACAAUCACACAUCUCAGGCCUCAAUCGCCUCCACCACCACCCUUCAAACCCACACGUCUUCAUUUCUUCGCACAUUGUUUUAUGACUGGGUGUUGGCUGUUGGUUUACCCCUUUAUUUGUUAUUUCAAAAAAUAUAAGAUAUUUCGUGUUUUUUUGUGUGUUUUUUUCAGAUCUCUUUUUGGGAGCUGAAAAAAGCAAUUUCAACUUGUGUGUAAUAUUUAUUUUAUGAAAAAAUAAAGAUAAAGUGAACAUCUUGCUCACAUUUGUCAUCCAUCUUUUAUCCCAGAUGUGAAGGUCCACAACAAAUCAGAGACCAAGCGCUACAGCGAGAUCUUCCGGGACUUCGAUAAUUUUGAACUCUCUUUGGUCAACUCGUAAGUCUGACUUAUAGAUUCACUCAUCAUGUACACUUACUACCAUUGUCUCCCUCCACAAUAUAAUCAGUCCAUCAUUCAGAACACCUUUACAUGUUUUACAUUUUAGUCAUUUAGCAGACUCUUAUGCAGAGCGACUUACAGUUAGUGCAUUCAUCUUAAGGUAGGUAGGUGAGACUAUCACAGUCAUAGUAAGUAAAACCUUUCCUCAAUAAAGCAGUUUUCAGCAAAGUCAGUGCUAGUAAGAAAAGUACAUAUAUUUUAUUUGUUGGGGGGGGGUUGUCUGCUACUAGUUGCCAAAGAGAGGAAGUGUCUUCCUCUUACAUCUAUGUGUACAUAACUUAGUUUUAUAGGUCCUAUUUAAGAGUAACAACAACUUGUAAGGCCUUAUGAAGCCUUCAUAACCCUUCAUAAUGGUUUCAUAGGUGCUUCAUAAAUCAUUCAUAAGAAAUUGCAAUGCUAUAUAGAGGGUGGAAAAGGGGUUAUGUCGCAUUUGGCAAUGCGCCAGAUGUAAGGACCUGAAAGUAAUACCUUUUAUAUAUACAGAACAAAAAUAUUAAUGCAACAUGUAAAGUGUUGGUCCCAUGUUUCAUUAGCUGAAAGAAAAGAUCCCAGAAAUGUUCCAUACGCACAAAAAGCUUAUUUCUCUCAAAUUCUGUGCACAAGUUUGUUUACAUUCCUGUUAGUGAGUUAUUCUCCUUUGCCAAGAUAAUCCAUCCAGCUGACAUGUGUGGCAUAUCAAGUAGCUGAUUAAUUAAGGAGCAUGAUCAUUACACAGGUGCUCCUUGUGCUGGGGACAAUAAAAGGCCAUUCUAAAAUGUGCAGUUUUGUCACACAACACAAUGCCACAGAUGUCUCAAGUUUUGAGGGAGCAUGCAAUUGGCAUGCUGACGGCAGGAAUGUCCACAAGAGCUGUUGCCAGAGAAUUUAAUGUUCAUUUCUCUACCAAAAGCCUUCUCCAACGUCGUUUUAGAGAAUUUGGCAGUACGUCCAACCGGCCUCUCAACCACAGACCACAUGUAACCACGCCAACCCAGGAACUCCACAUCCGGCUUCUUCACCGGCGGGAUCGUCUGAAGGGGGUGGGGGGGUGCUGAGGAGUAUUUCUGUCUGUGGGGAAAAACAAAUUCUGAUUGGCUGGGCCUGGCUGCCCAGUGGGCAGGCCUGGCUCCGAAGUGGGUGGGCCCUGGGCCCUCCCAGGCCCACCCAUGGCUGCGCCCCUGCCCAGUCAUGUGAAAUCCAUAGAUUAGGGCCUAAUGAAUUUAUUUCAAUUGACUGAUUUCCUUAUAUGAACUGGAACUCAGUAAAAUAGUUGAAAUUGUUGCAUGUUGCGUUUAUAUUUUUGUUAAGGAUAUGGUAUGAAUUUGCUCCUAAAUAAUUUGUGAAGCAUCUAGGCAUUAUAAAGGAUUUACGAAGGCUUCAUAAAGCCAUUAUAACAUGUAUCUGCCCUCUGAUCCAUCAGCACUGUGGAGGAGAUGUUUCCAGACCCUGACUCCCAGUCCAUCGCUGAGACCGUCUCUACGGAAACCACAGACAACACUGAGCUGGAUCAUGUGACGGUGGGGGAGCAGUACUAUCAAUCAAUCAAGCAACUAAUCAACAUUAUUUUAUAAAGCCCUUUUUACACCAGCAGUUGUCACAAAAUGCUUUACAGAUCCCCAGCCUAAAAACAAACAAUCAAUCAUUACUAUGUUAUCUCUGUCAAUCAAUCUGGUCCUGUGUAGCUCAGUUGGUAGAGCAUGGCGCUUGCAACGCCAGGGUUGUGGGUUCGAUUCCCAUGGGGGGCCAGUAUGAAAAAAUGUAUGCACUCACUAACUGUAAGUCGCUCUGGAUAAGAGCAUCUGCUAAAUGACUAAAAUGUAAAGAAAUGUAGUCAAUCACAUUGCUUUCUAGCCUGGUGCUCUAUUGUGUUGAUACUUUUGGUAACGUUUGUACUAGCCAACAGGGGAAUUAUUUGAACUUAGGUUCUGCUCAUAUUCUGCUGAUAUGAAGUACAGUGUGUAUCGUCUUAUCUCCAAAUCCAUUUCUCUGUGUAAUGGUCUGUAUUCUGCCCUGUAGUGUGAGGAUGUCUACCCCCCAGAUGGUGAUGACAAAGAUGGAGGUCUAUCAGGUAUGUUUGUAAUCAAAUCAAAAUCAAAUUAAAUGUAUUUAUGAAGCCCUUUUUACAACAUCAGAUGUCACAAAGUGCUUAUACAGAAUGUGGUGUGUUGUAUGCAUGUGUGUUUUUCAAUUGUUUUAUUUAAAUUAAAAUCACUUGGAAUGGACUGACUCGAAUUGACCCCAACCCUGGUGUGAGUAACGGAGGUGCUUCGUUAGUUCAGCGUGAUGAGUAACCUUGCCAGAGACAUGAAGACUUGCAUUAGCUCCCACGGCUAAAACCUACUUAGGCCAUCGCUCAGCAGGCUAAGAAGCAUGUAGCACGCAGGAGACCCAGGUUCGAGCCCAGUUGGUAACAUGUGCAAACCCUUGUGGUUUAGGCUAGACUUCAGUAUCCAUGGUGUGCAGCAGUGCAUUUGUAAAGGCUAAGAGAGAUUGCAUUACAUUCCAGCCAGCAGUAAGUGGAGGAAAGGGGUUAUGGUUGUAAUGUGUUGAAGGUCACUAGCCUCUAGAUCUCUAUCACCAGCACCAUAUCGUGUCCAUUACCCAUUUCAGACAGAAGAUGUGGUACUGUAUGUUACCUGCAAAAAACAUAAGGCAAUGUUUAUAUGGCCAGCCCCUUCUAUAAGGCUAUGUUUGUUUCAAACAGCCUCUUAUUUACCACUUGUUUGCAGGUAUACCCCUUUUAUACAUAUCAGUUGGUAACUGGCAAAUUCGGAGGGUUGGGGGGUGUUGUUAAACCAUGGGGGCUGUUUGCAUUUCAAAUCAGGGAGGUGUUAAACAAUGGAAGUGUUAACGAAUUUCCCUGCAAAAAAAUCUGAGAACCAUUCACACAGAACUGAUACCUGUAUUUUGGUUAUAGGGUCUGUAUAAAUGUAGGAAUCAUGACUAGGUCUUUAGGUGGCUUUUAUUUUUCCAUGCUUUUCUACCCCUAUCCUUUUCAGACAAACAAAAAAGCCUGUAUACAAAUGCAGGCAUAUUAAAUUAGUGGGAUGUUGGUCUUUGUAUGAAAGGGAUACAAGAGUCCAAGCCAUUCUCUUCUGGAAACACUGCCCGGUGAGUAACAUUAAUAGACAGCCAAUCCAAACCAGAGUGAUUAACACUAGACAAGAGCCAGGUGUGGUAUGAGACUAUGACUAAGUGAGGUGGGUGGGACUAUUGUGGUGAUGGCCAGUCAGGGUGGUUAAUCUCCUCCUCUUCAACCUGCGUGAUUGACACCAGACGAAAGCCAAUGACUAAGUGAUGUGGGCGGGACUAGUGUGGUGACAGCCAGUCACGGUGGUUAAUCUCCACCUCUUCAACCUCUCUUGUUGACGUGUAAUUAGCCGGUGGCGCUAAUUGCCUCUGUGUUAACGAGAUUAGGAGAAGACUGGAGAGGGUGGGGAGAGAGAGGAUUAGAGCUGCAGACAGAUGCUCUCUAGUUUACCCCUCAGACAUAUCCAUCAAACAGGAGAGAGAGGGAGGGAGAAAGAAGGGAAGGAAGGGAUGAGAGAGAGGGAGAGAAGGAGAUAGAGGUAGCAGGGAUGAGAGAGGAAGGGAGAAAUGUGGGAGUGAGGGAGAAAGGGAGGGAUAGGAGAGGUAGAGAGGGAUGGGAAAAAGAGAGGGGGAGAGAGAUCCCUUACGGAAAAACCACAUGAAUAUCACGUGAUCUUAUGUGAAGUUAAUAUGAUAACAUGUGACAACAUGAAACUACACAUGUGAAAACAUGAUCUCAUGUGAAAUAAAUGUGACAUGGGAUGCAAAAAUGUCAACAUGUGAUACCAUGAAAAUACACAUGACAACAUUUUAAAGUUUUUAAAUGCCAUUCCACAUGUGAGGUGAAAACAUGUUAUUUUCCUCACGUGAAAAGGGGGUGAAUACAUGUGAACAUAUGGUUUCAUGUGUGAACAACUGACCUCAUGUGACUCUUUUGUUUUCACAUUUCAGCUCAACAUGUGUAAACAGUUAAGGGAAGUAAUCAAAUGGUAUGGGGGUUUAAGGUAACUUUAGCUGAUCAGCUAAAAAAGUGUUCACUAUGAUAAAUAUAAUAGUUUUUAUUGGGUGUAUUAUACAAAGCUGAGAUUUACUUUGAAGUCCAAAGUAUAAGAAUACAGGUGAAAGCAGUCAUUGACACAGACAUGGUGGCGUAGCAGGAAGAUCGGAAUGUCAUGAACCAAGAGGUUGUGAGUUCAAAUCCCACGAGGACAUGUUAAAUAAUAAUUAUUGUAUAAGUAAAUGUACACACAAUGUAAUCAUGUGUGUCAAAUAUGUACGUUGAAAUCACUGCAACUAUUUUGUGAUGUUCCCGGCGACAUCCUAACGACAAAUAUUUGUCUGCAGGGCAUCAUGUGAAAUGUUAAUCCACAUGUGAAAGGUUAUGUGAUCAUGUGAAAAUCCAGGUGAGAAACCUCAUGUGAAAUAUCAUCACAUGUGAAGUGUUCCCAAACCACAUGGUUUCACAUGUGACAUUUCACAUGUGAAAUUUAAUUUUACAUGUGCAAAACAUGUGAACAUUUCACAUGUGAAAUCAUCAGAUUUUUCCGUAAAGGGAUGGGAGGGAAAAGAGAGAAACAGACAGAAGGGAAGAGUGAGCACAGAGUGAGGAUUGAAAAGAGCAUUGUUCAGGCUGAGAGACAAAGCAAACUACAAAGGAGACAGAAAGGAAGACUAGUGAGAUGAUGGGGAAAUAGGAAUGAGAGGGGACAUGUUAGACCAGGGUCGUGUUCAGUAGGACACAACGUAGCAAAACAUUAUGCAAUGGAAACUGAAAAACAGUGUUUUUUUUAAAUCACAACGCUCUGAAACGUUUUCCCCGUACUGAACACAGCCCACUUGUUUCUCCAGGAACUGUGUAUGUAUGCAGGGAUGUCCUUUGACCCCAUUAAACCCCAAUUCCAUGGACACAGACAUACGUCGCCCAAUGGAGAUUAAGGAUUACGUAGAGCAGUGUUUAAAUAAGACAUUAGAAUGGAAACAUCCUGGAGCCGUGCCUAGUCACUGUGCUGCACGCCACGGAAGGCCUCACGUCACCUACUGCAGCGCACCAGACAGGCACCUCUUCUUGGUGUAGGGUGAAGUUGCCCCUAGAUGCUGAUCUAUUUUAUUUUUUUACGAUUUUAUAUUUUAUAAACAAUACAAAAUAUACACAUACAAACAACAUCAUACAAACAACAUCAUACAAACAUCAACUACAUCACACCUGCCCACACCCACAAGCACACACCCCAAUCUCCAGCCCCCGCAUCACUUUCUGCCACAUGGCCUGAAACUGCACCAUUUUGAUUCUAUCCGUAGCCCAUGCACUUUCAAUAUUUAAAUAAUUACAUUUUACCAUUAUGUUAAUGAGAGCAGAUUGAUUGAUUUCCACGUUUUUUGUAUACGUUUUUUUCAAGAUGAGUGAUGAGAAGAGAAUCGUCCAACCCAUCGGGUAUCUCACUACACACCCAUAUGCCAUGUUUUGAAAUAUGCAGACCGACAGAUUAAAAGGAAGUUUACAUUGUAAUACUUCUGACAGCCAACUUUCUAGCUCCGCCCACAACUUCUGGACUUUAUAAUGUUCCCAGAAAGCAUGGAUUAUUGAGUCAUUAUUAGUUUUACACUAGAGACAUGACUCUGCCGUUGUGUUGUAGAAUUUGUUAAUUUUGUCUCUUGUAUAAUACAUUCUACACAUUAGUUUAUACUGAAUUAAGCGUACAUUUUCGUUAACUGUAAUUUCGGUAAAACUUUACUUAACACCCAGUGUCAUAACACGUUAUGACACAGUCAUAACCAUGCCAUAAUAUGUCAUAAGAGCUGACAGAACUUGUCAUAAACUGUCAUAAUAUGGUCAGAACACUGUCAUGACCCAUAUAUUUACACCUGUUGUGACAUAUACUGCAUUAUUUUAUGGCUGGUUAUGACACCUACAUAAGAGUGUCAAAACCCACAUUUUUUCAAAUGUGUUUUUUCCCUGCCAAGAAGUUUCCUUUCGUUUCAAAGUGUAUUUCUUAAGUCCUUUGUUGUUGUUGUAAUGAAUUCUUUACAGUCAUGUUUUUUUCAUCAUACAGUAUUUUAAAUAACUUCUAGAAAAUACACUAUGACACUGUCAUAAAGCAUUAUGACCGUCCUGUGUCACUUUACUUGGACUAAGAAAAUACACUGUCAAGAAGUAUUAUGACCAUCAUAAUCGUAUAAGCCAAUCACAUACAUUCCCUUAUAAAUUGGGUGGUUCAAGCCCUGAAUGUUGAUUGGCUGACAGCCAUGGUAUAUCAGACCGUAUACCGCGUGUAUGACAAAACAUUUAUUUUCACUGCUCUAAUUACGUUGGUAACCAGUUUAUAAUAGAAAUAAGGCACCUCGAGGGUUUGUGGCCAAUAUACUACGGCUAAGGGCUGUAUCCAGGCACUCCGCAUUGUGUCGUGCUUAAGAACAGCCCUUAGGCGUGGUAUAUUGGCCAUAUACCACACCCCCUCGUGCCUUAUUGCUUAAUUAUAUCAGUCAUCAGUCAAAAAGAGGGUGUCUUGAUCCUGAAAUCUUCUCCUGUAUUCAUCCCAGUCAUCAGAAAUAGAGCAUUGGGGUAGGUGCAUGUCUGACAUCAAUGUGUGCGCAAUUACAAUGAUAGUUUAAUAUGGUCCAUUUCAGAAAAUGUUAUACAACACAAACAUACUGUUGACAAGUAGGCUAUGGUGUAAUGGAAUGUUUUGCCUUGUGUAGUAGGUUUUGUGGGUUUUGACACUCUUAUGUAGGGGUCAUAUACAGUAUAUCACAACAGGUCUAAAUCCAGUGUUAUGACCAUAUUAUGACAGGUUAUGCCAGCUGUUAUGACAUUAUGACGCUGGGUUUCAAGUAAAGUGUUACCGUAAUUUCGUUAGUUAUGCUCCAACUUUCCCUCCAUCUUGUGCCAACAUCAGUUCUUUUUAAAUCUUGGUUCCAAUAGUUUAUAUUUUUUUCUAAGAGAUUGUCAGUUGGAUAUGCUCUCUGCAAGUUGUUGUAUAUCUUCCUUAUCAUAUGAACAUCCUUUUCUGACUCAAAUAAGAUUCCCUAAAGGUUGCUCUGAUGUCCAAAAUAUGUAAAAUGGAGUCGUAAUAACUUUUAAGUUGCAUGUAUUUGAAAUAAUUAAAUACUAUAUUUUGGUCAGUUUGACAUUUCCCUCACUAAUGAUUAAGGUUAGGAUUUGGGGAGGGGAAGCUUAUCCUAGAUCUGCACCUAGGGGAAACCUCUUCUUUACCAUGUUACUAAGCAUAUAGCUAUACCUUCCCUCUGAGUGCCCUCCUCCUCUCUCUUCAUUCAGUUACAUCUAAAACAGUAUCCUGCCCUCACCCUAACCCAACCCACUCUUCCCAAUCCUAAAUUCUCCCAGCUACCCCCCACCAGUUUGGAGCUGAUCUGUAAUAAGCCAAAUGGAGGGACGAUGGGUGGGGCUGCGGAUAGGGGCGAGCGGUGGGGGUAGGGUGGAAGGGCUGAUGAGUUGAGUGGCCCGUGCCGUUGCCUGAUUUCUGUAAUGCCUGUUGUCAGUCCCGUCGGGUUGACAUUGAUUGAUCCCUGUAUUGUAUAUGUGCGCGUGUCAACUGUGUUGUUGAUCUGUGUUAGUGGGUGUCAAGGGUCAAUAACAGUAUGGACUGAGUUCGGAGCUUGUGUAACUAACUAGUGCUUGCACUUGUGUAACAUAUUCCUGAUAUACUGUAAUUCCACUAACCUACAGCUGUGAAGUUCUCUCAACUGAGACAGAGAGACAGAAAGGGAGAGCGAGAGAAAGAGAGAUUGGGAGAGGGGGGGAGAGAGAGAUCAUGUACAGAAAAAAAUGCUGUAAGAAGGAGCACCAAUAAUCAGUUUGUGCUGAGCUCUAACCUGUUCCUCACCCCAUCAACCCUCAUAGUCCUCCUGACCAGGGUAUUUCUCGCAAACACACACACACCAGGAGGUAAAACCUUGCUGUGAUCUAAAGCCUGUCACUCCACAAUCUGGAUAAUCCCUAGUCCCAGAAGCCAGCACAGGCAGAGCAGAGGGAGGGGGGACACGCACACACACACACACACACACACAGGUGGCACAGGGAAGUGUGAAGGGGUGCCCACAAGAGAAGGAGACAGGGAGCAAGAGCGAAAGAGAGGUCAACGCAGCACAACAGUCGGCCAGAAAGUCUUAAUCGUUUUUGUGGAUUUUGCUCAGACAUGGAGUUAUUUGUUUCAAGAGAGAAACCUGUUCUAUGCUCUGUAGGAAAGUAUUUUCUCUGCUCUCACUCUUGGAACUGAGAGGAGUGUAGGCCACAAUACAUCUGUGUUGGAGAAGAAGAAGUGAAACAGGAAUUAGACUUGUCAGAAGAGUUCAGUAUUGAUAGAUCCAAUGAUCUAUUUCUGUGCAUGCAGCUCGACUGUGGACCGAUCAAAGAAGUCAAAGGACAGCGGUACUGAUAGUGAUGUUGCAAGAGAACGAGUGAGGGGAAAAAGAGGUCUGAAAGACCGGGGGAAAGAGAGAGUAGAAAGGAGAGUGAGGGAGGAAGGGAGAAAGCACAUGACAUGCGUUGCAGGAUUGUUGCACAUUGCCAUCCGCUGUGAGUCAGAGGAGGAAGACAACAGAGAGAGAGAGCGAGGGAGCAGCUGACUGACUUCAGACUGCUGUCAAUCACACCACCCUGACUUCCAUAACAACCACAACACAAGAUGUUGCCAUGUUGAUUACAGCACUCUGGCACCAAAGAGUUGCCACGGUGAUCUUCUCAGACCGUCACAUUUUCUCUCUCUCUCUGACAGAGGAGGGGAGCGGUAGAACAGGUGCUGGAGGGGGGAGGAGCCAGGGAAAGGAGAGGAGGUGGAGCUAAAAAGCCUGUUUGGGACCCUCAGCCAAUCCCUUUCUCUCUUUUCCUUUCUUCACUUCUGUCUGUUUAGCCCUGGAAGCAGCUGGUCUAGACUGGAAAGGAGAAUGUCAUUGGGACAUUUAGAUUUUCCCACGUGAUGACCUCUUCCUAUGCGUGCUUUGAGAUGACCAACCUAUGACCACACCUCCGCCCGUGUUGGUGUAGUUGUGACCACUUGUGCUGAGACCGAGACCCUGUGGACAACAGCAGCACUUGAACCUUGAGGACUCUGAGGACUAGCCCUGAUGACCAGUCGUUCUCAGUCUCUCUUCUCCAUAGAGUUUGUUUGGCUAAACCACAAACCUGUUUUGGAAACAGAGCUAUGUUUCUGAUGAACUCACGGAACUGAGAAAUAGGAGAUACCCUUUUCUGUCUGUUCUCUUUUAUUCCAUUGUUGUUGUUUCUUGGAUGACACAUUAUUCGGAUUACACAUUUCUGAUAGUAUGGAACACAAAGCAUACCCGUGAGCCCAGCUUUUCCCCUGGGAAUCGGGGGAGAGGGGUCUGUAUUGGACGCCCCCCGUGGGGGUCCAGACUGCCCCGUUGUGUGUGUGUUUUGGGGUAAAAAGCCCUCCUGUCUGUGUGUUAUCAGGGUGAGGUAGGGAGGAUAUGCAGUGAUGCUGAUGUACUCACUCUCAGCCCAGGAAGCGGACCUGGCCCUGUGUCGCUGUGAGGGAGGCGUGGAGCUGGCCCUGCAGUAUGCCAAGAUGUGGUGCCGCUAUGCCAAAGACCUGUUGGCCUGGAUGGAAAAGAGAAUCAGCCUGGGUGAGUGGAGACGUGGGUGUGUUUGUUUCUGUGUCUGUCUGCCUGCUUGUCAGUCUGUAUGUCUGUCAGUCUGUCUGUCUCAUAUUCAUAUUUGCAUAUCUUACAUUGACAUAAAAACAUUAUUUAAUUAAAGUUAAUUGCACCAAUCUCAAAUUAGGGCAUGGUCCAUAGUGUGUCACUGCAAUGUGGUACAGACUCAUUCAAGGUAACAGAUGGACACAACUACACAAGUUUAACAUAUUCACAAACACAUAUAUUUGUAAAUAUGUGCUUGCAUGUAAACAAUGUGCUUUGCAUGUAAACAAAUGAAAUAGUUCACAUACAGUGCCUUGCAAAAGUAUUCAUCCCCCUUGGCGUUUUUCCUAUUUUGUUGCAUUACAACCUGUAAUUUAAAUGGAUAUUUUUAUUUGGAUUUCAUGUAAUGGACAUACACAAAAUAGUCCAAAUUGGUGAAGUGAAAUGAAAAAAAUAACUUGUUUCAAAAAAUUCAAAAAAAAAAGGAACGGAAAAGUGGUGCGUGCAUAUGUAUUCACCCCCUUUGCUAUGAAGCCCCUAAAUAAGAUCUGGUGUAACCAAUUACCUUCAGAAGUCACAUAAUUAGUUAGAUUGCACACAGGUGGACUUUAUUUAAGUGUCACAUGAUCUGUCACAUGAUCUCAGUAUAUAUACACCUGUUCUGAAAGGCCCCAGAGUCUGCAACACCACUAAGCAAGGGGCACCACCAAGCAAGUGGCACCAUGAAGACCAAGGAGCUCUCCAAACAUGUCAGGGACGAAGUACAGAUCAGGGUUGGGUUAUACAAAAAUAUCAGAAACUUUGAACAUCCCAUGGAGCACCAUUAAAUCCAUUAUUAAAAAAUGGAAAGAAUAUGGCACCACAACAAACCUGCCAAGAGAGUGCCGCCCACCAAAACUCACGGACCAGGCAAGGAGGGCAUUAAUCAAAGAGGCAACAAAGAGACCAAAGAUAACCCUGAAGGAGCUGCAAAGCUCCACAGCGGAGAUUGGAGUAUCUGUCCAUAGGACCACUUUAAGCCAUACAAUCCACAGAGCUGGACUUUACGGAAGAGUGGCCAGAAAAAAGCCAUUGCUUAAAUAAAUAAAUAAGCAAACACGUUUGGUGUUCGCCAAAAGCCAUGUGGGAGACUCCCCAAACAUAUGGAAGAAGGUACUCUGGUCAGAUGAGACUAAAAUGUAGCUUUUUGGCCAUCAAGGUAAACACUAUGUCUGGCGCAAACCCAACACCUCUCAUCACCCCGAGAACACCAUCUCCACAGUGAAGCAUGGUGUUGGCAGCAUUGUGCUGUGGGGAUGUUUUUCAUCGGCAGGGACUGGGAAACUGGUCAGAAUUGAAGGAAUGAUGGAUGGUGCUAAAUACAGGGAAAUUCUUGAGGGUAACCUGUUUCAGUCUUCCAGAGAUUUGAGACUGGGACAGAGGUUCACCUUCCAGCAGGACAAUGACCCUAAGCAUACUGCUAAAGCAACACUUGAGUGGUUUAAGGGGAAACAUUUAAAUGUCUUUAAAAAGCCCAGACCUCAAUCCAAUUGAGAAUCUGUGGUAUGACUUAAAGAUUGCUGUACACCAGCGGAACCCAUCCAACUUGAAGGAGCUGGAGCAGUGUUGCCUUGAAGAAUGGGCAAAAAUCCCAGUGGUUAGAUGUGCCAAGCUUAUAGAGACAUACCCCAAGAGACUUGCAGCUGUAAUUGCUGCAAAAGGUGGCUCUACAUAGUAUUGACUUUGGGGGGGUGAAUAGUUAUGCACGCUCAAGUUCUGUUAUUUUUUCUUAUUUCUUGUUUGUUUCACAAAAAUUUUUAUUUUGCAUCUUCAAAGUGGUAGGCAUGUUGUGUAAAUCAAAUGAUACAAACCCCCAAAAAAUCAAUUUUAAUUCCAGGUUGUAAGGCAACAAAAUAGGAAAAAUGCCAAGUGGGGUGAAUACUUUCGCAAGCCACUGUACCAAAUUCUCAAGACAUAAGAUAAACAAGAAUGAUUUUAGGACAACACGAAAGGCUCUCUUAUCCCUCUGUCAAAAGUUGUUUUGCUGGUAUGGAACUGCAGUAAAUACAGCAACCAAAGCUCUUCUCCUAGGAAAGACUAGCAGUCAGUCACUCUAUUCCUGGAAAAGACAACAGAGUCUAAAGUAGGCCUACCCUGCCAUUAGAGAAUGUGUGUUUAUUCCGCACCUGUAAUAGGAUAAUAGACCUUGUGGUUGAACACUGUGUGGAUGGAUAAACAGUAUGCUCCACAGUACCCUCUGGUGGUAGAACUUAGGUAUUACAAGGACUGUUAUAGGGACCGUUUACAUUCCCAGUGAGCAAAACUGGUUGAAAAGAUAUCAGAGAAAAUAAUUGUCAGUUAACCAUUUCAGGGACAGCAAGAGAUCACGGACUGGUUCCGUGAACCCUUAGGUUGAGAAAACACUGUUAGGGUAAUAUGGAGCGGUAUAACCUACCCUGUGAUAACAACAACAACAACAAAGUAGAUCUGUAUAGUUGGUAGCCAAUGAGGAUAACAUGGAGCGGUCAAGCCUCUCCCCUCAGAGGAACCCCACAGAGACUACAAGGCUUACAGGGCAGAUUAACCAGGCCGCAGCAGGAGAAUGGACAGGAUGGACAGCCUACUGUAGCCUUCUGUAGUGUAAUGUACUGUGCUAUACCAUACUGUAAUAUACUGUACUGUAGUAUACCGUUACUGCACUGUUCUGUACUGUAGGAGGGCAAAGAGAUCAGCUCACCAAGGUGCUGCCAAGCAGACCUGUGUUUGGAUAGCUGUGUAUAGGAAAUUGAGAGAGGUCAGAGUGACAAUGUAGGGAAGUGGUCAACAUAGAGGGAAAGGUCUGAGCCAGUGGUCAGAGGUCUGAGCCACUGUGGACAGUGGUCAGUUGAAUGCAGUGGAGGCUGGUGGGAAGAGCUAUAGGAGGAAGGGCUCAUUGGGCUGGAAUGGAAUAAAUGGACAAGUAUCACACGCCAAACCUAUGUAAACCACGUUUGAUAUAGUUUGUACUAAAAUCAAUCACAUGUUUCAUCAUACUGACUUAUUCUGGUCUGUUUGCAGAGCAAGAGUUUGCCAAGAACAUCAUAAAGGCAGCAGAAACAGCUAAGUCCUGUGUGGCCCAGCAGGUAUGGAUGCUUUUGUUGUCUCUCAUGUGUAUGAUAUUGUAUACUGUAGGUUGUACAUGUGAUGAUGUGUACAAUAUUGCAUAGAAACAUUAAAUUCAUAUCAGAUUACUCUUUAGGCCUAAUAUUAGCUACCUUGGUGGAAUGCACUGAAAGACGCUGUGCAUAAAAGCAUCUGCUAAAUUACCAAUAUAAAAUGUAUUACAGUGCCUUCAGAAAGUAUUCACAUCCCUUGACUUUUUGCACAUUUUGUUGUGUUACAGCCUGAAUUUAAAAUUGAUUAAAUCUCUCUGGCCUACACACAAUAUCCCAUAAUGUCAAAGUGGAAUUAUGUUUUUAGAAAUAAUUAAUUAAAAAUGGAAAUCUGAAAUGUCAAGCCUAAAUAAGUUCAGGAGUAAAAAUGUGCUUAACAAGUCACAUAAUAAGUUGCAUGGACUCACUCUGUGUGCAAUAAUAGUGUUUAACAUGAUUUUUGAAUGACUACUUCAUCUCUGUACCCCCCACAUACAAUUAUCUGUAAGGUCCCUCAGUCGAGCAGUGAAUUUCAAACACAGAUUCAACCAGAAAGACCAGGGAGGAUUUACAUUUACGUCAUUUAGCAGACGCUCUUAUCCAGAGCGACUUACAUGAGCAAUUAGGGUUAAGUGCCUUGCUCAAGGGCACCGACAGAUUUUUCACCUAGUCGGCUUGGGGAUUAGAACCAGCGACCUUUCGGUUACUGGCACAACGCUCUUAACCACUAAGCUACCCACUGCCCAAUGCCUCGCAAAGAAGGGCACCUAUUGGUAGAUGGGUAAAAUAAAAAAUAACGUUGAAUAUCCCUUUGAGCAUGGUGAAGUUAUUAAUUACACUUUGGAUGGUGUAUCAAUACACCCAGUCACGUGGCAAAGCACUCAGUUGCCGGAGAGAAAGGAAACCGCUCAGGGAUUUCACCAUGAGGCCAAUGGUAAAUUUAAGUGUAAUGGCUGUGAUAGGACAAAACUGAGGAUGGCUCAACAACAUUAUAGUUACUCCACAAUACUAACCUAAUUGACAGAGUGACAAGAAGGAGGCUUGUACAGAAUAAAACUAUUCAAAAACAUGCAUCCUGUUUGCAACAAGGCACAAAAGUAAUACUGCAAAAAAUGUGGCAAAGCAUUUCACUUUUUGUACUGAAUACAAAGUGUGAUGUUUGAGGCAAAUCCAAUAUAACACAUUACUGAGUACCACUCUACAUAUUUUCAAGCAUAGUGGUGGCUGCGUCAUCUUUUGGGUAUGCUUGUGAUCAAUAAGGACUGGGGAGUUUUUCAGGAUAAAAAAGAAACGGAAUGGAGCUAAGCACAGGCAAAAUCCUAGAGGAAAACCUGGUUCAAUCUGCUUUCCAUCCAACAGACACUGGAAGAUUAAUUUACCUUUCAGCAGGACAAUAAUCUAAAACACAAGUCCAAAUCUACACUGGAGUUGAAUGUUCCUGUGUGGCCGAGUUACAGUUUUGACUUAAAUCUACUUGAAAAUCUAUGGCAAGAUCUGAAAAUGGUUGUCCAGGAAUGAGCUUGAAGAAUUUUGAAAAGAAUAAUGGGCAAAUGUUGCACAAUCCAGGAGUGGAAAGAUCUUAGAGACUUACCCAGAAAGACUCACAGCUGUAAUUGCUGCCAAAGGUGCUUCUACAAAGUAUUGACUCAGGGGUGUGAAUACUUUUGUAAAUUAGAUAUUUCAUUUUCAUUUUCAGUAAUUUUACACAACAAAAUAUGGAAUAGGUCAAGGGGUAUGAAUACUUUCUGAAGUAUUGCAUAGAAACAUUAUUUCAUUAAUUUCACCACUCUCUCUACAUAUUCUCUGAAAUACUGUAUAUCUAAUAUCUCUAAUAUAACUGAAACAUAUCUAAAUAGCGUAUUUAAAUGAUAUCUAUAACCUGGUUCUUACUGUACUGUUGUUGCAGGACAUGAUGCCUCUACAGUACAUCUACACCAUGGCCCUAGAGUACGAUGUGAAGACCAGCCAGUCUACUAAACAGACAUCAGAACUGCUGCAGCGACGCUGCUACCAGGUACUACAGACAGACUGACGAGCAGACAGGCAGACGAGCAGACAGGCAGACAGGCAGACAGGCAGGAGAACUGCUACCACACAAUUAGCAAGCCUACUCAACGUGUCAAAAAACAUUCCUGUAUGCAAGAAAAUGUGGAAUAAUGUGUAGACUGAUUUAGUAUGAUGUGUUUAAUCCUAUGUCUUUAUCCUGAAGGCCCUGGCAGCCAAGAAGAAUGAGAUUGAUAAGUGGCGCAAGGAGUUCAAGGAGGAGUGGUCCAAAGAACAGAAGAGGAUGGUGAGUGCUGUUUUUUUGGCCACUACUGUGUGCGUGCAUGCACGUGCGUGCGUGUUUAACAGCUUCUCCCAUUGAUCAGAACAUUGCAUUAACAGCUUCUCUCAUUGGUCAGAACAAUGCGGUUACAGCUUCUCUCAUUGGUCAGAACAAUGCAGUAACAGCUUAUCUCAUUGGUCAGAACAAUGCGGUAACAGCUUCUUCCAUUGGUCAGAACAAUGCGGUAACAGCUUAUCUCAUUGGUCAGAACAAUGUGGUAACAGCUUAUCUCAUUGGUCAGAACAAUGUGGUAACAGCUUCUCCCAUUGGUCAGAACAAUGCGGUAACAGCUUCUCUCAUUGGUCAGAACAAUGCAGUAACAGCUUCUCUCAUUGGUCAGAAUGAGGCGGUGGCGGCUCUGAAGAAGGCUCGUCAGCAGUACCUGCAGCGCAGCGAGGACCUGGAGAAGACCAAGGCUGUGACGGCCAAGGCCGGGGACGAGCUCACAGCGGGACACAAGACCCUGGACAAGAGGAGGAAGUCACGCGACGACGCACAGUCAAAGGUGUGGUGCAGCGGGUCCAACCGACACAUUGAGUUCACUGAAACAUAUCCCUUAAUGUUUUUGGUUCCAGUUGUUUUUUUUUGUUGUUUUUUUACAGGAAACAUUUUUUUAUAUUUUUUGUCAUCAUGUAACUCACUGUGCCUAUCUCCCUCUCUCUUUCUCCCACUCUCUCUCCCUCUCCGUCUCUUGUCCAUCUCUCGCUCCCCCCCCCCCCCCCCCCCCCCCACAACCAGGUGAUGGAGGCAGAGAUGCAGUACAGACAGUGUGUGUGUGAGGCCCAGGACCACCAGGAUGAGCUGGAGAGAGUGAAGGAGAAAAUCAUAGUUCACACCCGCAAACUAAUCUGCCAGGGGGACACUGUGCUCAAGGAGGUGGGUGUCCAAGCCUAUUGAAGAUAGACAUUCCCUGUGCUGGAUGCAACAAGUGGAGUGUCUGUCUGUAUUGCAUCUCAGCCUCCAUCACCUGGUUGAUAGUGAUAGCAUAAGAGUAAACAGACUCAAGGCAAGCACUUAGCAGCCGUUUCAUUUAGUCUUUAAAUUUGUAUUUAAUUUUUUUUUAGUAGACGCUCUUAUCCAGAGCAACUUACAGUUAGUGAGUGCAUACAUUUUUAUACUGGCCCCCCGUGGGAAUCAAACCAACAACCCUAGCGAUGCAAACGCCAUGCUCUACCAACUGAGCUACAUCCCUGCCGGCCAUUCCCUCCCCUACCCUGGACAACGCUGGGCCAAUUGUGCGCCGCCCCAUGGGUCUCCCGGUCGCGGCCAGCUACGACAGAGCCUGGAUUCGAACCAGGAUCUCUAGUGGCACAGCUAGCACUGCGAUGCAGUGCCUUAGACCACUGCGCCACUCGGGACUGUCAAUGCUUUUGAUUCAAACAAUCACCCCAACAAACAAAAAAACAUAUUAAAAUACGGUCCAGGUCUCCUUUGCUAAAUAAUAUAUUAAUAUAAUAUAUGUCAUUUAGCAGACCCUUUCAUCCAAAGCAACUUAGUCAUGCGUGCGUAAAUUUUACAUACUAGUGGUCCCAAGAGUUUAACCGACUAUCCUGGCGUUGCAAGCACUAUACUCUACCAACUGAGCUACAGAGGUAUCUUGAGUUCAAUGGGACUGGAUGAAUAAUGUUUAAAUAAACGAAAUGAAUGUAAUCCCUCAUAUCAUGUACCUCUACCACCCCUAGGCCACAGUGAACAUGUUCUACUUCCAGCGUCAGCAGACGGAGCCGGUUCCACUGGGUUACCACAACUUGGAGGUGACCUGCAGGCCGUGUGAACCCGGGGAGCCCUACCUGCUCUACAUCUUCAGGAAGAGAAGCCAAGAACAGCCCCUACAAACGUUCACCUUCCAGGAGUUUGUCCCUCAGAACAAGAGGUAAGAACGGAUGGAUGAUGUGUCCUGUUCUAGGUAGGCUACAGCUCUAAUGGAUGAUACUGUUUGUCCCAUUCGUGCCUAUUGUCUUUUACAGUAUUUAGAGUUGCUGUCAAGAUUGUAUUUGUAAAUGUUAAUUGUGUGUGUGCUCAUGCUUGCCUGUGUGUUUGUGUGUGCGUGCGUGCGUCCGAAUUUGUGUGUGGCACCUCCAAGUGGCCGUCGUAAGACCAUCAACCCCAUCAGCUCUCUACAGGACUCCUUCUCCCUGCCUGAAGAAAGUCUGGUUAAGCGUAAGGGCUACAGUGACAGUGAGAGCAUAGGAGGCAGUCUGGAGUCUCUGUCCAGCCCAGGUAAGCCUGUGUGCUUCAUUGGACAGAUUUCAUUUAAUCAUGCUCAGAAGAUUGACCAAACAAACAUCGAUUUCAUAAUUGCUAGUGGAGAGAAAUAAUGUGUUUGCUAUGAAGCUUACGGGAAACUCACCUUGUCCUGUUUGUCUGGUCCCUCUCCCGCUCUGUGUGUCUUACCCACCCUGUAGCCCAUGGCAACAGGAGGCUUCCUAAAGCCCCCUCCACAGGGACCAUGUCAUCAGACGACUUGGAUGAGAGGGACAUGGGCACCGUCCUGGAAGGAGGUGAAUGUCACCGUCAUCACCUAACUCAUACAAUAGACGGCAACUAAUGGCUCUCUAUACGCAAAUGCUCCUGCUGAAUUCCGAAUCUACCCCUAACCCAGUGUUUCCCAAACUCGGUCCUCGGGAACCCAAGGGGUGCAUGUUUUGGUUUUUGCCCUAGCACUACACAGCUGAUUCAGAUAACCAACCAACUCAUCAUCAAGCUUUGAUUCUUUUAAAUCAGCUGUGUAGUGCUAGGACAAAAAAACUAAACGUGCACCCAUUGGGGUCCCCAGGACCGAGUUUGGGAAAUGCUGCCCUAACCCCUACCUACACCCUAGCCACUCCUGUAGAUCUGAGAGGAUUAGAUAGAUAUUAUCAUUGUGGCAAUUGCUUCUUGACUACUGAUUGGCUAGGUGGAAAUGUCGUCAUAUUCUUCCACUCGUCCAAUCCUCUCAGGUCUACAGGAGUGGCUAGGGAGUAGGGUUCUGUUUGGCAAUAGGGGUACAUUUGGUGGGUAGUGUUUCCCACCAUGACAUGUACACUGCCAAGUAUGACUGAGUCCUGUCCUGCGGUUCCUCAUAGAUUAUGUCGACUCCACUCCAGAGGGGAACGGUGCGGUAGGGAAGGUACGGACUACGUCCCGAGCCGCGCUGACACACCGACUCAGGAAGAUGAAGAGCAAGAUGGUGAAGUGCAAACAGUGUGACAACUACAUCGUGGUCAACGGCAUCGAGUGUGAGGAGGUGAGAAAGAGGAGAAAUAGAAGGAUGGAAGGAGAGAAGAACAGUUGACAGACACUUACAGUGGGGGAAAAAAGUAUUUAGUCAGCCACCAAUUGUGCAAGUUCUCCCACUUAAAAAGAUGAGAGAGGCCUGUAAUUUUCAUCAUAGGUACACGUCAACUAUGACAGACAAAUUGAGGAAAAAAAAUCCAGAAAAUCACAUUGUAGGUUUUUUUAUGAAUUUAUUUGCAAAUUAUGGUGGAAAAUAAGUAUUUGGUCACCUACAAACAAGCAAGAUUUCUGGCUCCCACAGACCUGUAACUUCUUCUUUAAGAGGCUCCUCUGUCCUCCACUCGUUACCUGUAUUAAUGGCACCUGUUUGAACUUGUUAUCAGUAUAAAAGACACCUGUCCACAACCUCAAACAGUCACACUCCAAACUCCACUAUGGCCAAGACCAAAGAGCUGUCAAAGGACACCAGAAACAAAAUUGUAGACCUGCACCAGGCUGGGAAGACUGAAUCUGCAAUAGGUAAGCAGCUUGGUUUGAAGAAAUCAACUGUGGGAGCAAUUAUUAGGAAAUGGAAGACAUACAAGACCACUGAUAAUCUCCCUCGAUCUGGGGCUCCACGCAAGAUCUCACCCCGUGGGGUCAAAAUGAUCACAAGAACGGUGAGCAAAAAUCCCAGAACCACACGGGGGGACCUAGUGAAUGACCUGCAGAGAGCUGGGACCAAAGUAACAAAGCCUACCAUCAGUAACACACUACGCCGCCAGGGACUCAAAUCCUGCUGUGCCAGACGUGUCCCCCUGCUUAAGCCAGUACAUGUCCAGGCCUGUCUGAAGUUUGCUAGAGUGCAUUUGGAUGAUCCAGAAGAGGAUUGGGAGAAUGUCAUAUGGUCAGAUGAAACCAAAAUAGAACUUUUUGGUAAAAACUCAACUCGUCGUGUUUGGAGGACAAAGAAUACUGAGUUGCAUCCAAAGAACACCAUACCUACUGUGAAGCAUGGGGGUGGAAACAUCAUGCUUUGGGGCUGUUUUUCUGCAAAGGGACCAGGACGACUGAUCCGUGUAAAGGAAAGAAUGAAUGGGGCCAUGUAUCGUGAGAUUUUGAGUGAAAACCUUACAUCAGCAAGGGCAUUGAAGAUGAAACGUGGCUGGGUCUUUCAGCAUGACAAUGAUCCCAAACACACCGCCCGGGCAAUGAAGGAGUGGCUUCGUAAGAAGCAUUUCAAGGUCCUGGAGUGGCCUAGACAGUCUCCAGAUCUCAACCCCAUAGAAAAUCUUUGGAGGGAGUUGAAAGUCCGUGUUGCCCAGCGACAGCCCCAAAACAUCACUGCUCUGCUCUAGAGGAGAUCUGCAUGGAGGAAUGGGCCAAAAUACCAGCAACAGUGUGUGAAAACCUUGUGAAGACUUACAGAAAACGUUUGACCUGUGUCAUUGCCAACAAAGGGUAUAUAACAAAGUAUUGAGAAACUUUUGUUAUUGACCAAAUACUUAUUUUCCACCAUAAUUUGCAAAUAAAUUCAUUAAAAAUCCUACAAUGUGAUUUUCUGGAUUUUUUUUCCUCAUUUUGUCUGUCAUAGUUGACGUGUACCUAUGAUGAAAAUUACAGGCCUCUCUCAUCUUUUUAAGUGGGAGAACUUGCACAAUUGGUGGCUGACUAAAUACUUUUUUCCCCCACUGUAUGUGGCAGCCUCUUAAAUGCUAAAAGUAGAACAUUAUUGCCUGGUUCACAGUCACACUAUAGGGCCUAACCGAGCCAAGCUGAACCAAGCUGUACUGGCCUGGUUUGGUUCUCUAUCCUCAUAGUUGCGCCAGCACAGUAUGGUUCAGGUUGACUCUAUAGUGUGAACCAGGUAUAUAGGGUGUGAUUUGAGCUCACCCUGUGGUUUGCUAAUCCAUGUCCUCUGUCCCGCCUGCCAUCUCUGUAGUGUGGCGUGGCAGUUCAUAGGAAGUGUCUGGAGGUGUUACAGCAUGAGUGUGAGAACAGGAAGGGCAUUCUGUUUGGGGUGGGUUUCUCCCUGUUGCCCCGGGACCGGCCUGAUGAAGUGCCCUUCGUGGUCCAGCUCUGCACGGCUGAGAUAGAGAGCAGGGCCCUCACUCUACAGGUACUGUAUUUACCUGGUUGUAAUAUGGUUUCGAAUAAGUACUGAAGCAAACAGGAAAACUGUUUUACAGAAGCGACAGUACAGUGCCCUUCUCUCAAUCCCUCUCUCUUUCUCCUUCGUUCCCUCCCCUCUCUCCCUCCAUCCAUCCCUCCCUCCCACCCAGGGGGUGUAUCGUAUCAGUGGGUCGAAGCCUCGUAUCCAGAAGCUGUGUCAGGUCUUCGAGACCCAGAGGGACCAGGUCGACCUCUCUGAACUUUCACCUCAUGACGUCACCUCAGUCCUCAAACACUUCUUCAAGGAGGUACAACUUCACUGUUUCCCAGACAACAAAGAAAAUGGAUAUUACAGACAAUAUACUGUAGAGCCAACGAUAUAGUUAAUACAGACAAUAUAGAGUCGAAUGGAUUCUGACUUGAGAUACAGUCAUACACUUUUAUACACUGUUAUUUAAACUCUCACACAAAGCUCCCCUUCAUGAUUAUGCCAAACUAUAUGGACAUAUCUUAACUCAGGAUUCCCCAUUUAGUGAACAUCAUGUGGAACAGCCCUAUUGUCAGUCUAUGCAUCGAAGCUAAUAAGUAUUUUUUAUUAUUAUUAUUAUUAUUAUUAUUAUUAUUAUUAUUAUUAUUAUUAUGUGUUAAUUAAUUGUUAAUUGUAAUCCAUUGUUAUUAUUCAUUAGUAAUAAAACCAUCUUCCUCCUCACACAGCUUCCAGAGCCGCUGUUGACCUUUGACCUGUACAAUGACUUCAUCGGUGUGGGCAAAGAGAUCCAGCGUCUCAGUGAGAAGGAGGCGACAGCAGAGACUCCUGGGAUAGUGGAGGACCUCAGAUAUAACCUGAGAGACCUGCUGGAGAGACUGCCCCCGUACAGCUACUACACACUGCAUCAUAUGAUGCGUCACCUCCACAGGUACUACUCUACUACACACUGCAUCAUAUGAUGCGUCACCUCCACAGGUACUGGGUGCUCCUGAGUGGCGCAGUGGUCUAAGGCACUGCAUCGCAGUGCUAACUGUGCCACUAGAGAUCCUGGUUCGAAUCCAGGCUCUGUCGCAGCCGGCCGCGACCGGGAGACUCAUGGUCGGCGCACAAUUGGCCCAGCGUCGUCCUGGGUAGGGGAGGGAAUGGCCGGCAGGGAUGUAGCUCAGUUGAUAGAGCAUGGCGUUUGCAACGCCAGGGUUGUGGGUUCGAUUCCCACGGGGGGCCAGUAUAAAAAAAUAUGUAUUCACUAACUGUAAGUCGCUCUGGAUAAGAGCGUCUGCUAAAUGACUAAAAUGUAAAUGUAAAUACUACUCUACUACACACUGCAUCAUAUGAUGCGUCACCUCCACAGGUACUACUCUACUACACACUGCAGCAUAUGAUGCAUCACCUCCACAGUGCUAUGCAUAAUGGCGCUGGAGGGGAUGGCUGGCGUUUUACAGGCUCCUAACCAACUGUGCUAUUUUGUUAGUUUUUUCACGUUGUUUGUAACUUCUUUUUUAACUUAUUGUGUACAUAAUGUUGCUGCUACCUUCUCUUAUGACCGAAAAUAACUUCUGGACAUCAGAACAGCAAUUACUCACCUUGCAAGGAUAUACUGCUUUCUCGAGAACGGGCCCAAAUCCCCGUCAUUUACGAGGAAGAAAAGACGGAGAAAAAGGGGGCGGAGGUCGGAGGUCGGGCUGCCUUCUGAGAAUUCAUAGCCGAGUGAAUAAACUUCCACUACCAUCCAUUCUAUUGGCCAACGUGCAUUCAUUUUUCCAUGCAUCGGCAGGACAGAGAAGCUACGUCUGGUAAGACGAGGGGCGGGGGUGUGUGUCUAUUUGUCAAUAACAGCUGGUGUCUAAUAUUAAAGAAGUCUUGAGGUAUUGCUCGCCUGAGGUAGAGUAUCUCAUGAUAAGCUGUAGACCACACUAUCUACCAAGAGAGUUCUCAUCUAUGUUAUUCGUAGCCGUCUAUUUACCACCAGAAACCGAUGCUGGCACUAACACCGCACUCAAGGAGCUGUAUAAGGUCAUAAGCAAACAAGAAAAUGCUCAUCCAGAAGCGGCGCUCCUAGUGGCCGGGGACUUUAAUGCAGGCAAACUUCAAUCCGUUUGACCUAAUUUCUACCAGCAUGUCACAUGUGCAACCAGAGGGGAAAAAAACUCUAGACCACCUUUACUCCACACACAGAGACACAUACAAAGCUCUCCCUCCAUUUGGCAAAUCUGACCAUAAUUCUAUCCUCCUGAUUCCUGCUUACAAGCAAAAACUAAAGCAGGAAGUACCAGUGACUCGCUCAAUACGGAAGUGGUCAAAUGACGCGGAUGCUACGCUACAGGACUGUUUUGCUAGCACAGAUUGGAAUAUGUUCCGGGAUUCAUCCAAUGGCAUUGAGGAGUAUACCACCUCAGUCAUCGGCUUCAUCAAUAAGUGCAUCGACGACAUCGUCCCCACAGUGACCGUACGUACAGUGGGGAGAACAAGUAUUUGAUACACUGCCGAUUUUGCAGGUUUUCCUACUUACAAAGCAUGUAGAGGUCUGUAAUUUUUAUCAUAGGUACACUUCAACUGUGAGAGACACAUUGAGUUCACUGAAACAUAUCCUUUAAUUUUUUUGGUUCCAUUUUUUUUUCUUCAGGAAAAUGAUGAUUGUUAUAUUUUUUGUCAUCAUGUAACUCACUGUGCCUAUCUCCCUCUCUCUUUCUACCACUCUCUCUCCCUCUCCGUCUCUCAUCCUAAAACAAAAAUCCAGAAAAUCACAUUGUAUGAUUUUUAAGUAAUUAAUUUGCAUUUUAUUGCAUGACAUAAGUAUUUGAUCACCUACCAACCAGUAAGAAUUCCGGCUCUCACAGACCUGUUAGUUUUUCUUUAAGAAGCCCUCCUGUUCUCCACUCAUUACCUGUAUUAACUGCACCUGUUUGAACUUGUUACCUGUAUAAAAGACACCUGUCCACACACUCAAUCAAACAGACUCCAACCUCUCCACAAUGGCCAAGACCAGAGAGCUGUGUAAGGACAUCAGGGAUAAAAUUGUAGACCUAAACAAGGCUGGGAUGGACUACAGGACAAUAGGCAAGCAGCUUGGUGAGAAGGCAACAACUGUCGGUCUCCUGAGUGGCGCAGUGGUCUAAGGCGCCGCAUCGCAGUGCUAACUGUGCCACUAGAGAUCCUGGUUCGAAUCCAGGCUCUGUCGCAGCCGGCCGCGACCGGGAGACUCAUGGGCGGCGCACAAUUGGCCCAGCGUCGUCCAGGAUAGGGGAGGGAAUGGCCGGCAGGGAUGUAGCUCAGUUGAUAGAGCAUGGCGUUUGCAACGCCAGGGUUGUGGGUUCGAUUCCCACGGGGGGCUAGUAUAAAAAAAAAUAAAAAAUAAAAAUGUAUUCACUAACUGUAAGUCGCUCUGGAUAAGAGCGUCUGCUAAAUGACUCAAAUGUAAAAUGUAAAUGUUGGCGCAAUUAUUAGAAAAUGGAAGAAGUUCAAGAUGACGGUCAAUCACCAUCGGUCUGGGGCUCCAUGCAAGGUCUCACCUCGUGGGGCAUCAAUGAUCAUGAGGAAGGUGAGGGAUCAGCCCAGAACUACACGGCAGGACCUGGUCAAUGACCUGAAGAGAGCUGGGACCACAGUCUCAAAGAAAACCAUUAGUAACACACUACGCCGUCAUGGAUUAAAAUCCUGCAGUGCACGCAAGGUCCCCCUGCUCAAGCCAGCGCAUGUCCAGGCCCGUCUGAAGUUUGCCAAUGACCAUCUGGAUGAUCCAGAGGAGGAAUCGGAGAAGGUCAUGUGGUCUGAUGUUUGGAGGAAGAAGAAGGAUGAGUACAACCCCAAGAACACCAUCCCAACCGUGAAGCAUGGAGGUGGAAACAUCAUUCUUUGGGGAUGCUUUUCUGCAAAGGGGACAGGACAACUGCACCGUAUUGAGGGGAGGAUGGAUGGGGCCAUGUAUCAUGAGAUCUUGGCCAACAACCUCCUUCCCUCAGUAAGAGCAUUGAAGAUGGGUCGUGGCUGAGUCUUCCAGCAUGACAACGACCCGAAACACACAGCCAGGGCAACUAACGAGUGGCUCUGUAAGAAGCAUCUCAAGGUCCUGGAGUGGCCUAGCCAGUCUCCAGACCUGAACCCAAUAGAACAUCUUUGGAGGUAGCUGAAAGUCCGUAUUGCCCAGCGACAGCCCCGAAACCUGAAGGAUCUGGAGAAGGUCUGUAUGGAGGAGUGGGCCAAAAUCCCUGCUGCAGUGUGUGCAAACCUUGUCAAGACCUACAGGAAACGUAUGAUCUCUGUAAUUGCAAACAAAGGUUUAUGUACCAAAUAUUAAGUUCUGCUUUUCUGAUGUAUCAAAUACUUAUGUCAUGCAAUAAAAUGCAAAUUAAUUACUUAAAAAUCAUACAAUGUGAUUUUCUGGAUUUUUGUUUUAGAUUCCGUCUCUCACAGUUGAAGUGUACCUAUGAUAUAAAUGAUAGACCUCUACAUGCUUUGUAAGUAGGAAACCCUGCAAAAUCGGCAGUGUAUCAAAUACUUGUUCUCCCCACUGUACAUAUCCCAACCAGAAGCCAUGGAUUACAGGCAACAUCCGCAUCGAGCUAAAGGCUAGAGCUGCCGCAUUCAAGGAGCGGGACACUAAUCCUGACGCUUAUAAGAAAUCCCGCUACGCCCUCAGACGAACCAUCAAACAGGCAAAGCGUCAAUACAGGAUUAAGAUUGAAUCCUACUACACCGGCUCUGACGCUCGUCGGAUGUGGCAGGGCUUGAAAACUAUUACGGACUACAAUGCCACACUUAUGUGAGAAUGCUGUUCAUUGACUACAGCUCAGCGUUCAACACCAUAGUGCCCACAAAGCUCAUCACUAAGCUAAGGACCCUGGGACUAAACACCUCCCUCUGCAACUGGAUCCUGGACUUCCUGAUGGGCUGCCCCCAGGUGGUAAGGGUAGGCAACAACACAUCUGCCACGCUGAUCCUCAACACUGUGCCCCUCAGGGGUGUGUGCUUAGUCCCCUCCUGUACUCCCUGUUCACCCACGACUGUGUGGCCAAACACGACUCUAACAUCAUCAUUAAGUUUGCUGACGACGAAACAGUGGUAGGCCUGUUCACCAACAACGAUGAGACCGCAUAUAGGGAGGAGGUGAGAGACCUGGCAGUGUGGUGCCAGGACAACAACCUCUCCCUCAAUGUGAGCAAGACAAAGGAGCUGAUCGUGGACUACAGGAAAAGGCGGGCCGAACAGGCCCGCAUUAACAUCGAUGGGGCUGUAGUGGAGCGGGUCGAGAGUUUCAAGUUCCUUGGUGUCCACAUCACCAACAAACUAUCAUGGUCCAAACACACCAAGACAGUCGUGAAGAGGACACGACAACACCUUUUCCCCCUCAGGAGACUGAAAAGAUUUGGCAUGGGUCCCCAGAUCCUCAAAAGGUUCUACAGCUGCACCAUCGAGAGCAUCCUGACCGGUUGCAUCACCGCCUGGUAUGGCAACUGCUCGGCAUCUGACCGUAAGGUCGCUACAGAGGGUAGUGCAUACGGCCCAGUACAUCACUGGGGCCAAGCAUCCUGCCAUCCAGGACCUAUAUACUAGGCGGUGUCAGAGGAAAGCCCCAAAAAUUGUGACUCCAGUCACCCAAGACUGUCCAGUCACCCAUUUGUUUUUACACUACUGCUACCCGCUGUCUAUUAUCUAUGCAUAGUCACUUUAUCCCUACCUACAUGUACAAAUUACCUCGACUAACUUGUACCCCCGCACAUUGACUCAGUACCGGUACCCCCUGUAUAUAGCCUUGUUAUUGUUAUUUUAUUGUGUUUCUUUGUAUUAUUUGGUAAAUAUUCUCUUAACUCUUUCUUGAACUGCGUUGUUGGUUAAGGGCUUGUAAGUAAGCAUUUCACGAUAAGGUCUACACCUGUAGUAUUCAGCGCAUGUGACAAAGUUUGAUUUGAUUCGACUACUCUACUAGACAGUGCAGCAUAUGAUGCGUCACCUCCACAGGUACUACCCUACUACACAGUGCAGCACCAAACUCCCACCCAUUCUGAACAUCUACUCAAAACGGUGCCUGAGGAAGGCCCACAGCAUCAUCAAGGACCCCACACACCCCAGCCACGAGCUGUUCACUCCAUUACUGUCAGGAAGAUGGUAACGGAGCAUGAGGUCUGAUACCAACAGGCUCAGAGACGGUUUCUAUCCACAUGCCAUCAGACUGCUGAACACUUGAACUGGACUGACCACCUGCUCUGAUUCUCCGCACCUUAGCACUCACUCACGUACAGUCGUGGUCAAAAGUUUUGAGAAUGACACAAAUAUUAAUUUUCACAAAGUCUGCUGCCUCAGUUUUUAUGAUGGCAAUUUGCAUAUACUCCAGAAUGUUAUGAAGAGUGAUCAGAUGAAUUGCAAAGUCCCUCUUUGCCAUGAAAAUGAACUUAAUCCCAUAAAAACAUUUCCACUGCAUUUCAGCCCUGCCACAAAAGGACCAGAUGACAUCAUGUCAGUGAUUCUCUCGAGUGUUGACGAGGACAAGGCUGGAGAUCACUCUGUCAUGCUGAUUGAGUUAGAAUAACAGACUGGAAGCUUUAAAAGGAGGGUGGUGCUUGAAAUCAUUGUUCUUCCUCUGUUAACCAUGGUUACCUGCAAGGAAACACGUGCCGUCAUCAUUGCUUUGCACAAAAAGGGCUUCACGGGCAAGGAUAUUGCUGCUAGUAAGAUUGCACCUAAAUCAACCAUUUAUCGGAUCAUCAAGAACUUCAAGGAGAGAGAUUCAAUUGUUGUAAAGAUGGCUUCAGGGCGCCCAAGAAAGUCCAGCAAGCGCCAGGACCGUCUCCUAAAGUUGAUUCAGCUGCGGGAUCGGGGCACCAUCAGUGCAGAGCUUGCUCAGGAAUGGCAGCAGGCAGGUUUGAGUGCUUCUGCACGCACAGUGAGGCGAAUAUUUUUGGAGGAUGACCUGGUGUCAAGAAGGGCAGCGAGGAAGCCACUUCUCUCCAUGAAAAACAUCAAGGACAGACUGAUAUUCUGCAAAAGGUACAGGGAUUGGACUGCUGAGGACUGGGGUAAAGUCAUUUUCUCUGAUGAAUCCCCUUUCCGAUUGUUUGGGGCAUCCAGAGAAAAGCUUGUCCGGAGAAGACAGGGUGAGCGCUACCAUCAGUCAUGUGUCAUGCCAACAGUAAAGCAUCCUGAGACCAUUCAUGUGUGGGGUUGCUUCUCAGCCAAGGGAGUGGGCUCACUCACAAUUUUGCCUAAGAACACAGCCAUGAAUAAAGAAUGGUACCAACACAUCCUCCGAGAGCAAUUUCUCCCAACCAUCCAAUAACAGUUUGGUGACGAACAAUGCUUUUUCCAGCAUGAUGGAGCACCUUGCCAUAAGGCAAAAGUGAUAACUAAGUGGCUCUGGGAACAAAACAUCGACAUUAUGGGUCCAUGGCCAGGAAACUCCCCAGACCUUAAUCCCAUUGAGAACUUGUGGUCAAUCCUCAAGAGGCGGGUGGACAAACAAAAACCCACAAACUCCAAGCAUUGAUUAUGCAAGAAUGGGCUGCCAUCAGUCAGGAUGUGGCCCAGAAGUUAAUUGACAGCAUGCCAGGGCGGAUUGCAGAGGUCUUGAAAAAGAAAUGUCAACACUGCAAAUAUUAACUCUUUGCAUAAACUUAAUCUUUGCAUAAACUUAAUGUAAUUGUCAAUAAAAGCCUUUGACACUUAUGGAAUGCUUGUAAUUAUACUUCAGUAUACCAUAGUAACAUCUGACAAUAAUAUCUAAAAACACUGAAGCAGCAAACUUUGUGAAGACCAAUACUUGUGUCAUUCUCAAAACUUUUGACCACGACUGUACACACACACAUAUACAGUACAUUCAUGCUACACACACAUCAGAACUGCUGCUACCAGACUCUUAUUAUGAUUGGUAAAUACUGCACAAUCCCCCCUUCCCCAAAACACAUGUAUAUUUCUAAUUUAUUUUUGUUGCAUUGUCGAGAAGGAACCUGCAAGUAAGCAUUUUGUUGGACGAUGUAUACCAUGUGUAUCCUGUACAUACGACUUAUAUAACUUGGAACUUGAAACAUGAUGCGCCACCUACACAGAUACUACUACAAACGGCAGCACAUGAUGCGCCACCUACACAGAUACUACUACACACGGCAGCACAUGAUGCGCCACCUACACAGAUACUACUACACACGGCAGCACAUGAUGCGCCACCUACACAGAUACUACUACACACGGCAGCACAUGAUGCGCCACCUACACAGAUACUACUAAACACAGCAGCACAUGAUGCGCCACCUACACAGAUACUACUACACACGGCAGCACAUGAUGCGCCACCCACACAGAUACUACUACACACGGCAGCACAUGAUGCGCCACCUACACAGAUACUACUACACACGGCAGCACAUGAUGCGUCACCUACACAGAUACUACUACACACGGCAGCACAUGAUGCGCCACCCACACAGAUACUACUACACACGGCAGCACAUGAUGCGCCACCUACACAGAUACUACUACACACGGCAGCACAUGAUGCGCCACCUACACAGAUACUACUACACACGGCAGCACAUGAUGCGCCACCUACACAGAUACUACUACACACGGCAGCACAUGAUGCGUCACCUACACAGAUACUACUACACACGGCAGCACAUGAUGCGCCACCUACACAAGUAGCAAACCUGGUUGUAAUGGAGAUGGCUCUAGUGAACCAUGCUCAUAGACUUGUGUUAGCUCCCCAAAGUUAUGCCGUGGCUUCAGCUCACUAGGAAAACAGAUUAUUGUGGCAUGCAGCAGAACAGUCGGUCACAUGGUCAUAAGAGGGGUGCUGGGCCCUCCUCCAGAUGGCCUUUUUUUUUAUACCAUACUCGAUCCUCUCUUUUCUUCACUCAUUUCACAUUCUCUCUCUCUCUCUCCACAGAGUAUCAGAGAACUACGAGGAGAACAAGAUGUCUCCCAGUAACCUGGGCAUCGUGUUUGGUCCGACCCUGCUGCGGCCGCUGGUGUCUGUAGACGUGUCCAUGGUGGCUCUACUGGAGACCACCUACCAGGCCCUACUGGUGGAGUUCCUCAUCACACACCACCAACACAUCUUCGACGCUCCACCUCCCCCCGUCCCCACCGCCCCACUCCCUGACACCCCUUCCCGGGCGACGUGUUCAGGGGUGGCCCAGGAGACUGUUGUUGCGGCUGACCCUGGCUCUCAGGGCCCCCCCGCUGGAGGAGCCUCGUCCAGAGAACGCCCCCGCUCCCUAGAGGUAAGGGACAAACGGAGGGGGGAUUCCGUUGUGUCAGACAAGUUCAAUCAAGUAGAGCUUAAGUAUUUGAAUUCAAACAUAUCAUUUGAACCCAGGUCUGGUUAACAGAUGGGUUAACCCUUGGCGGAUAGACAAAUAUAGACUUUUCAAAUACUUUUCAUAGACCCCCCUAUACUGAAAUACAUUUAAAUACAGAUUUUCUCCAAUGUUUUUCAAUGGUUUGAAUAGGAGGGCAAUGUUAACCUCAAUCAAACACUUAAUUUUGAAUCUGAGGUAUCUUGAUCACACAUCUGGCAGCUGUAGGUUUGUCAGCCAGUGAUUGGACCUCUAAGUCUAAGUAACAUUGGGACGGCUCAUGAUGCCCUACAGUCAGACCUGGGUUCAGAUACUAUUAGAAAGUAUUUCAAAUACAUUCAGCAGGCUUCAUUGAGCUUGCCUGGUGCAAUAGAACCAAUAGAAUAGUGACAAAACUGUAAACCCAGCCCACCUGGCCCUCCAGUAAGGCUAGAGCAACCACUCAAAGUAUUUGAGAUUUCAAAUAAUAUUUGAACCCAAGUCUGCCUCAGAGCCAGGGUUCACAGAUUUCAGUCUCAGCCUGCUGCCUUGAGCUGCUUUCCUUCAUGUUGCUUCUGUUACCUGUUGUUGUCUCAAAUGGGUAAUCUGGGAUUCAAAUAACAAGAAAGUUGUCACUCCAGUCACUUUAUUUGGUAAACAGCUGAGGGAUGGGGCUGAAGAAAUGUAACUAAUGAGGCAUUUACAAGGAAUAUUGUUCAAGAGUCAAUGGCUAUAUCAUUUAUUCAAAUUAAAAGUCCCAAAACAGAUGUACCAAUCCCAGAUUGCCCCUUUAAUGCUCCUGGCUCGGCCAUGCUGUGACUCUGCUGUGGCCAACCCGGAAGGGAUUACGUGCUUUUUUUUGUGAGGCUUAACACAAUGCAACAUUGGGGUGUGUGUGUGUGUAUGCUACCUCUGACUGGACUCUGAUCUGACCCUUCCUUUCCAGACCAGAUCUACCCUGGCUGGGUCUCAAUACUAUAUAAUGGCUUCUUCUGUGAAAUAUAGUAAAAUGAGUGUCAAAUUCUUCCUCUUCUUCUUCUUCCUCUAUUGUAAAAUGACUUCCUUUCCUUUCUCCUUUGUUACCACUGAUAGGCCAAAGGACUGGAUACUCUGGGAAAUGUAGGUUUCAAGGGUAGGAAAGGACAUGAGGAGAGGAAGCAAGUUAAAGCUAUUGAGACACAGCCCUAGCAUGGAUGUUCUUGGCCACUAAAUACACAACACUGACCACUGGGAAAUACUGGGAGGGUGUGGGGGGUGGAAGAGAAGGUUAGUGCCCUGCCCUCUACAUGUGAAUUUGGAGUUGUUUAGGGACAUAAGGAUUUUACUGUAUUUUUUGCCUGAAAAACAGAACUGGGAGAACAAGUGACCAUGCAACUUGAUUUUCUCCAAUAAGUAAAAAAUAAAAAUCCUGUUAUAUGUAUAGGCUACUCAACAUCCACAAUUUACCUGGCAAUCUCUCUGUAACCCAGUAGGGUUCACUUUCUAGGCCUAGAGCUAUAGUAUUGAUCUCUCAACAGCAUUCCAUUCCCAACACAUCCUAUCCCAAAUAUCUGGUAUCUAUUCCCCAAAGUUUGUGUCAUUUCUACAGACUCGCACAAUCAAGAGAGACUCGAGCGAGGGUUAUAUAUCUGACAAGUCGUCGUCCAAUGAGGCAGUGGACCAGCUCAGCCCUGAAGCCAAUGAGAGAGCAGGUAGGCGGGAUGUACUAUUGCAUCAGAGGAAUGGUUGGUUGGAUUAAUGGGUAUUGUUGGUAAACAAGUGGGCUAGAUGACUUUGCUGUUCUUAUCUGAUCUGUAAUUUCCUUACUUAGCCUUUCUCGGCUGCCAUCAAAUAUUUUGUCUGCUUGCUGCUCACUGUUUUUGUCAUGUGUUAUAGCGCCUUCUGCUGACUUGACUGUAGGCAUUUUCUGCUUUCUUUUGCCAAUAUUCAACAGCCUCUCAAAAGCAAUGCUAGCCCUAAACUCACACAUCAUGUUAUGAUAGAGCCAGAGUAUUUACUUUGCCAAGCUAAAAGUGAAAUACAGUGGUUCAUCUGUGUUUCUCUGGUUUGUCUUAUUGUCUCCUCUCCUCCCCCCUUGCUUCCCCAGUCGUGGCUGUGAGGGGGGCAUCAACAGAGGCUGCUGCUCUGGGUGAUCUGGUAGGGGAUCCAGAGCCAGGGGACACUACCUCCGUGGGGACCCAGCUAUGGAGCCACUUCAGCAGGCAGCCUGUCAAGUACCAGCGCCAGCCCACCCCGGGUCUCCGCCGCUCCGCAGGCACUACCAGGGCCGGGCAGCUCGGGGAAGAGGAAGAGGAGGAUGAAGAGGAGGAGGAGAGGAGGAGGAACCAGUCGAGGAGCGCAGGCAGCAGCCGUAGCCCCUCCCUUGACCCUGGCAGCCAGAGGAGGAGAAGCCCUUCGAUUGGAGCUACCCCCCGAGACCACCGCCCACCACCUGCUCAACCAGCCUGGAGGCCACGCCCCACUGAGCCAGACGGAAAGAGAGAAGACACGCCCAUAUGAGGUUCCACAGGGCAGGCUGCGGGCGGGGACAGUGGUAGUAGAACCAUCAACAGCUGCAACAACAGCAGUAGAGGCAGAAGCCAAUCCUACGCCGAGCACCGGUGCUCAGGAGGCGGGGCUUAGGAGUCGGUCAGCCACAUUGUCUCAACUGAACAUGAACCAGUCCAAUAACAGGCAGGGGUGGGUGGGUGAGAGGCGGAGACAGGGCAGAGAGGAGGGUCUGAGUGGACCGGCCCGAAAGAUCCUGUCAGGGCUGAAGCUCAGACGCAGCCACUCAGGACUGCAGCAACACUUUGUCUGA